GCUCCAAGCAACAUUUUGGUAAUCCCAUACAAUGCAUGGCUCCACCUGAAAGUCCGGACUCUUGGGUGCAUUACUAUCAUGAUUACUGCUAUAUACAGGAUAAACUACGCAUUUUUGAUAUGAAUGUGCGAAAAUCUAUAGAAUAUGAAGCAAGGCAAAGAGCAGGCGCUGACUAUACUCCUAUAGGCAGAUUUCACAAGGAAGAUAGCAACUAUCAUUGGUCUCCACGUAUUAUGUACUAUCAGAAGCGAAGCGCAAAAGCAGCUCUUACUAGUCUUGCAAACUUUAUUCGUGACUUCUUAGAAGCGAAGCGCAAAAGGUUAUUUUUCGGCUCCUCUCUCGCAACUUUGUGUUAUGUGGUAACAAAGUGGUUGGAAGUCAUAAAUGCAUUUGGACAGUUGUACAUGCUUUCUUGCUUUGUUGGACAAGGUGACUACUUCUGGGGAUACCAUCUGCUAACAACGGUGGUCAGUGGGAAAGAUGAUCCAAAUACCGGGAUUUUCCCUAGAAUAGUUUUGUGCGAUGUUGCGAGAUUUGCGCUGGCAAAUCUUCAUCAAGAGCACAUGCAAUGCGUACUGAUGUUGAAUUUCAUUAAUGAAAAAAUUUAUACUUUUCUGUGGUUUUGGAUAGUGUUUGUCGCUAUAGCGUCUACAUUCUCAGCUAUCAGGUAUACCGUCGCUCUCGUGCUACCGAUGUAUCGUGGUUUAAUUGCUGAUAACUUCUUGCCCACUCAAGAUGUGCUUUUUUCAAACGCUGCCGCUGAGCAUGGUGUACGUCCAACA